UGUUUGUGGUAAACGAAGCAAUUUUCCUUCUCUCCACACUAAAUUAUGGACAGUAUGAGAGAUAACUUUUAUAUUUCUGGUCAGGGUUAGUACAAAUCUAUAUUCAUUAUGGCAUUUUUGAGACCCUGUGUUGAACCACAUUUAUUGAUUGUCAGGGUUUUUUGGUGAAGAUGUGCUUAACCCAGUGUCCCUAACACACAAACUGAUUGACAGAUGAAAUAACUGACCAUUCGAUUGUCUCAUCAUGCGGAGAUAAGUCCUAUAGAAUUGUUAAAAUACCUGCCAGUUAAAAGGACAAGCAUUUCACUGUUGUUACUCACUGCGACCUGGUGUCAAGUGGAAUUAGUACGAUUAUAUACGUAAUGUAGGAUUUAAUGAUCAAGAUUUUUUUCUACCUGGUAUAAACAGGUGUUUAAGUUUUGUUAAUACGUAUAGUGUACGCUGAAAGAUGUUGAAAGUUUAAUGCUCUUCAAAGACUUUGCUGCAGUAAAGCUUGAGCUGAAUGGAGUUAGCCCAAGGGAUUUGAAGUGGACCACAGAGGUGUAUAAAAUAUGGCCUUAUUACCACAGGUCAAAAUGAAAAAGACCAACGAUCCAGGAAUUCUAAACAGAAAAUAAUCUUCAGAGAAAAAUAUUUCUGAUGACAUAAAAUCCAUCAGUGUUUUGCGAAAUAUCAAAUUUAAUGCUUUCUGAGUCAGUGAAAGGAAAAUGAGAUUAACAAAUUUCCGAUGGAAAUUACUUGGUCUGCUUGUUAGUUUGAUUUUUGUCUGGAGUCUUUUCAGCUCCAGAGGAAAUCAAAAUGAAUUCUCGGAAGAACCUGAGUUUCCAAAGUCAGUGUGCAAUGACAGUGAGGAUAACAUAUAUGUCAAUCAUUUUUAUCUCCAUAACGACCCAAAGAACCGGAACCACUCCUAUUCCUUGAGGGCACAAAACCCCUUCAGUAUUCAAAACCCUGGAUUGUGUUUUGAAGAACAUUCAUUGGAUUUUCUUAUUCUAAUCAAUACAGAACCUAAUCAUUUUCUUAGGAGGAAAGUCACUCGUGCCACAUGGGGAAAUGUAAAUUUACCUCAGUACCAGAAACUCGGAAAUUUUAGAAUUCUCUUCAUUGUGGGCCGUUCCACCUCUAAAAAAAUUCAAAAAGCCAUUGAAAAAGAGGCAGCACAAUAUGGUGACAUUUUACAAGGAAGGUUCUCAGAGGCCCCAAACAAUCUCCCACAGAAAGCUCUGAUGGCCUUGAGAUGGACGGCUGAAUACUGCCUCAAGGCCAAAAUGAUCAUCCGCAUUCAGGACACUGUGAUUCUCAAUAUGUUCGAAAUUUUACGAGAAUACAAACCAAAAUAUUCCUGUACCAAAAAUCUAUUAAUGUGUAAAUUCAUCAAAGAAAGGAUAAAAUUCAUGGAUUAUGAAAAACUAAAAAGGAUGAAACUGGCUCCUACCAUUAUUCACUGUGUAGGAAAAGCUGUGAUAAUGACUCGUGACAUGCUUAUCUCCCUUUACCAUGCCGCCCCCCAUAUGACCCCUUACUGGUCAGAUGACAUGUACAUAUACGGAAUGUUGCCGGCUCAGAUUCGACAGAAAACUCUCAAACCUCUGCGACUUUACGAAGGAAAUUCUGACCAGGCAAUAGACUGCUAUGAAACAAAUCUACACAACUGUGGAUUAGUUGCUAUUGAUACCCAAACACGAAGCCAUCAUAAUAUUAUCUGGUCUCAUAUCAAACAUUAUUUCGCAUAAUGUUGACAUUUUAUAGGAUGGUGAUAUUUCGUUUUAUUGACUUCCGCAUACUUUUAUGGCCCUUGAUUACUAGGCUUUUCUCAUAUUCCUAUUCCACUCCUUGGAUGGCAAUCAAACCAGUCUAAAUGUGAAAUUUUUAUCACCUCAUUUUAGCUAUUCAAACAAUAAUUAUAUCAAACAUUUCUUCUUUCAAUGCAGAAAUGGGCAUGAACUUGAUUUAUUUUUUUUAUCAGAGACAUAGAUCUUGUUCAACAUUUAUCAAUACCAGUGAACCUGUAUUUUAUUUUUAAUGUUACAUUUUUGUUUUAUAUGUUACUGCUGUGC